UUUCACAUGGAGAAAGUCUCAGUUUCAGUUUCUUUCUCAAAAAACACUUUCCACUCACAACACAAUUCAAUUCCAUGGCCACCACAAACCCUUUAUCCCUUUCAUCUUCCCAAACACACACUCUUCCUCUCCAUUUCCCUCCCCCUCUCUCUCUCCCUCGCAAACCCACUUUUCUUCUUCUCUCUAACCACUAUGCCCGCCCAAACUCUCUCCGAUUAACCACCUACUGUAAGGCCACCCAACUAUCCAUCUCCGAAGAGUCUUCUUCCUCCGGAAACUGGGUACCGGUUGUUCCUGUUUCGGCGCUUCCAAAAGGAGAGCGUCGCGUCAUAAUUCAAGAGGGAGAUUCCAUAUUGCUUCUAUGGUAUAAAGAUAAAGUAUUUGCAAUUGAAAAUAGGUCACCUGCUGAAGGUGCUUAUUCCGAAGGCUUAAUCAAUGCAAAACUCACUCAGGACGGUUGUAUAGUUUGUCCAACAACUGACAGCACAUUUGAUUUAAGAACAGGAGAGAUCAAAGAAUGGUAUCCAAAUAAUCCUGUUCUGAGAAUUCUAACACCUGCUUUGAGAAAACUCUUUGUGUAUCCUGUUAAAACAGAUGAAAAGAAUAUUUAUAUCAGCAUUACAACCGGUUUAAAAUCUGAUGCUGCUACUGAAAUUGUAUUUAGUGGCAAAGCUCAACCUGGUAUAACAGCAACUAAUGUCAAUGUUGAUGAGGUUAGAAUGGUGGUUGAUGAGAGUCAAGGGGGAUUUGGUUUUACUAAGAAGAAUGAAAUAAUAAACGGUAAAGCAGCUGUUAUUGGAUUUCUUCUGUUGUUGGAUUUUGAGCUUUUAACAGGUAAAGGUCUUUUGAAGGGAACUGGUUUCUUGGACUUUAUAUAUUCUGCCUCUAAUGCUCUCAAUUAGAGGUUGAUGGAUGUUUGGAUUGUUGUUGGUGAACUUAUGAGUAGCAAAGAGUUUUGCUUCUCCGAAUUGCGUUUGGAAGUAUUGGUAAAAGUGCUUCUGAUUUUAUGCUGUGAAAUCAUAGUAUGGACUGUCAGUAAUUUAGUGCAUGUUUUGUUGAAACUUCAUAAUGUCUGUAACUUUUUGUUGAGAUAUUGUGACACUGUGAUUCUGCCAAACAUGCACUAAAUCACAUUUCCUUUUUGUAUGCCAUGUAUUUAUCUAGUAUUGUAUUUACAAAGUAAGUGUAGUUAGUGACAAAUGUACUAUCUUUUAUGUAUUUUUUGUGUAUGUUCUUUUAGCAUACUAUACCCGUCUAUUUAUCUAUCUAUAAUUUAUUUAAAUAGGGACGAGAAAUAGAUCAGCCACACUUCAUUCUCUUUCACUUCCUCAAUAACAACUCUAUUGGUCAGUUCUAUUGUGGUGCUAGAUUCAAUUUGUGAGUGUAUAAUCUCUAUUUUAUGGUUGAUCUAUUUAUGUCUUUAAAAUAAUGA